ACAUCUUCACAGGUUCAACACAGGCGAGGAUUCUCAUUUCUCUUGCUACUGCCAGCCUCAGGUAUGAGGGCCUGCUUAGUGUUCCUUUGCUUACUGGCAGCAACAUUUGCCCUGUCUGUAAAAAGUAAACCUCAUGGAAAACAUCAUGGAUUGCACAAGACUUCACACACAGCCAAAGAAAAGGACAUCAUCACAGAGGAGGCCAACGAGCCACAGAUCUUACCCACUUUAGUCACGUUUGAGGCCAGCAGCCAGGAGCAGGAAGAUGAGGAACUAAGCUCCCAAGACAAUGCUAACGCUAACAAAGAGGAGGGAGAGUUUGAGGUGACCGAAAGGAGCGACAAAACGGCUGCAGUCCUGCUGAGUGAGGAGGAACUGGUCGACCUCCUGAAGAAAGAAGCAGAAGAGGAGCAGGAAGCGGAAGAAAGACUGCUAGAGGAAGAAGAGGCUGAGGAGACCCUUGAGGAGGAGGAGGAGGAGGAGGAGGAGGAGAAGAAGUUGGAUGCCAAACUAGACGUGGAGGAAGAUGCUAAAGAGGUGACAGAUGAGGAAGAAGAGGUAAAGACAGAGAGUGUGGGAGAUGUUGAAAUGCUGGAGAAAGAAGAAGUGGAGGUGGAGAAUGUGUCACUCAAGGCUGUUGAUAAAACAGCAGAUGGAGAGGAGCAUGGGGCAUUGCUAGAAGAAACAGAUGGCAGCACAGAGUCUGAGAUCCCAGCUGAUCUGGACUACGCUGCUGAUAGUGGCAUCCUACAACCUCUGCAGCUUGUAUCUGCCAAAAUAAAACCCCACACUGAUGAAACCCAGCCUCCUUCAAAAACCGAUAUUAAAGAGAAGGAGAGUGUUGAGAAAGAGCUGCCCACCAUUGCAGAUGACUACGAACAAGACGUACAAAACACUGAGGCAGUGGACAGUGAGGAAGUGUCCGAUCAGGACAAAGAUAAAGAUGCGGAUAGGAAGGAACCCGAAGCAAAUGUGGACCCUCAGGAACCAAAGAGUAAUACAGAGUUUGAAGCAGGAGCCCGACCGGCCGGAAAGGAGGAAGAGAAAAGUAAGAAUGAGAGCGGAAGUCACACCAAAGGAAAGACAAGGAAGCAGAAGAAGAACAAGAGGGCGAGGAAGCACUCCCCACAGAGUGAGGAAACUCAGUCUGCACAGGAGCAGAGCCAGCAGGAUCCUCAGGCGUCUGAGGGAGGCAACAUUGACAAUACAGUCCAAAAGGCAAAGAGGAGAAGGGCUGGAAAAUGGGGUCCUUUAGUGGGAAUGAAUCCAGUGCAGAUAAGAGCCACAGUGGAUCUCUACCCAAGUUCCAGGCCCUCUCUUGGUGGAGGCGUACAUCACCCAGAAGCCCCUGCUGAUCCAUGUGACAAUUUUCCUUGCAAACGUGGAAAGACGUGUAAACUUGAUGCAGACAAUAAGCCAGUCUGUGUGUGUCAAGAACCGACAGAAUGUCCUCCCAGCGUUAAUGAGUUUGAUCACGUCUGUGGGACAAACAACAAAACAUAUGAAACAUCAUGUGAACUUUUUGCUACAAAAUGCAACCUGGAGGGCACUAAGAGAGGACACAGACUCCAUCUGGACUACACUGGGCCAUGCAAAUUAAUUCCUCAAUGUGUGGACACUGAGCUAGUCCAGUUCCCUCUACGAAUGAGGGAUUGGCUGAAAAAUGUGCUGCUGCAGCUCUAUGAACAUGACUCCAUGUCUCCUGGCUUCCUCACGCCUAAACAGCGUUUCAGAGUGAAGAAAAUCUUUGAGAGUGAGAGGCGUCUUCAUGCUGGUGAACACUCCGUCGAGCUGCUCGCACAGGACUUUGAGAAGAACUACAACAUGUACAUCUACCCAGUGCACUGGCAGUUUGCACAACUGGACCAACACCCUUCUGACAGAGUCUUGUCCCACUCAGAGCUGGCUCCUCUCCGAGUUCCUCUGGUGCCGAUGGAGCACUGCACCUCCCGCUUCUUUCAAGAGUGCGAUGCUGACAAGGACAAGCAGGUGUCCUUUAAAGAGUGGACUUCCUGCUUUGGUAUCAAGAAUGAUGAUAUGGAUGUCAACCUGCUAUUCUGAGCUUAAUUUUGCUCCUCAUCUACAACACAAGCUCACUGAAGCUGCUCCAUCAGUGCAGCUUGACACUGAAGCCUCCAUGAACCUCUGUAACAUAAAGAAAACUCUGACACAUACAGAUAAAAGAAACUCAUCUUACCUCCUGCUAUAGAGGACAAGUGUUGGUGGUCAUUGCUGUUAUUUUGUGUCAGGAUAAGACUGGACAUUUGGGUUUUUGUUCUGUAAUUUAGACUAAGCUGGAAGCUAGAAUCAUUUUGCUAGAAUAUAAGAAAGUGUUAUUUUUUUUAGCUGGAUCUUAUCCAGAAACUGUUUUCUAAUGCAUUCCAAACUGGGGGAAAGUUUACAUCAGCUCAUAAGUAGAAAAGGUGUUGUAUAUAGAACCAGGCUUCAAAAGAACUGUGGUUUGUAUGUUAGAGUGAUUUAGCACAUAAUUACUCUUUAAAUCAAGUAUGCUUGUGUUACAGUAGGAAAUGUAAAACAAUAACUGUGUUUCUUAUCUUAGUAGCAAAUGUUGUAAAUGGUUGUCUUUGCAUCCUGUGUUUCAUUAAUUAAAGCUUUGUGGACAGCAGUGGACUUCACAAUAUCAUGAUAUAGAAUAGUUCAGUGCAUCGUGUCGUUUAUGAUUACUUUCUUUUUCAGUCCUGAAAUAAAGUUAUUGCAUCAUGUAGUUGGAUACCAGUAGGGAAACAUCAGUUUAUGCUCUAAUAUCACGUGUUACUUGUUGGUCAAUCUCACCAUGACAUGAAAAUAUGACCUCUGCAACAAUGGUUUUAAAAAUG